AUGGACUUCCACCUGCUGCUCCGGAUGGAUGAGUCGAAGUACACCUUCCCGACCAUCAAGUAUGCCACUCAACUCUACGACACGCGCAUCGAGAACUGUUUCAAGCUGGACCAGCUGAACAUCACGAGGCGGUACAUCCCGUCUGCCGUCUUCAAGCAGAUCGAGUGCGGCACCCUGCAGUACGUCAACGAGAUGCGCAACAUCUCCGUUAUCUUCAUCAACGGCUCCGGCUUAGACGUCAUGUCCUCGAACGGCCCGAGCCAGGCGCAGGAGCUGAUGUCCUCUGCUCUGAGCUUCUGGCGCUUCUGCGGUGAUAUUCUUCGGUGCUUUGGCGAAUCAGGCUGCCACCGGUGGUCGGCGGGCUGCCGGGCUGAAGGUUUCCAGCGCCGGCCAGGCACCUGCACUGACGUCCCAGCUGCAGCACCGGGCAAAGAUGAGAUGCUGAGCGUUUUUCUGGCUGAUUGCAUUUGUCUCGACCUGGCUAAGGUUGUCUCACGCUUUUGA